CCACUAACUAUUACAUGGUCUUCGACGGCAGACAAUACGGGCGACUUUAUAGUACUGUAUUGGACUUUUGAUUAUCGCCUGUUUUUUGGUUCCUUUAUCGUGGCCACUAUCGCUGUGUGUAGGAUUACCCAAAAUCCAACUCGGAAAUCAAUUGUAGUACUGUAUUACAGUCUUUGCGGUAACAUCAUUUUCUCUGUACUUGUAUCGCGGUGUAUAGGGGACACCCAAACCCUCACUAUAACCUACAUUCAUCUCGAUAGUACUUUAUCACGAAGAGAAGCUCGGGAAUUCAAGAACCCCUGAAAGGAACCUAGCUUGCCCAAAGAAGUGAUUGCUCUCCAUGGGGAGAAAAUACACACACAUGCACACACAGUCCCCUAUCCCCCCCCCCCCCCCCACCACGCUCGCUUCCUCCAAAGUCCCACUCACUCACUCACUCACUCACUCCCAGAUACACGUCGGAACUCCGUCAGCUCAAACCAGAGUCCCUCAAUUGUCCUCCUCAUUUCUCCUUUGA